CAUAGCUAUAACUAAAAGAAAAAACUAAAAACACAAAGGCCUCAUGGCUCCGCUGGUGAAGCUUCCGUGGGAGUUAUUAGAAGAAGAUGUAUUAUCUCAUCUUCCACCUCAAUCUCUCGUUCGGUUCAGAACCGUAUCUAACAAAUUCAACUCUCUUUUCAACGACAAGACUUUCAUCAAGAACCACUUGUCUCGCUCCCUUCCCCAGUUCAUACUCUUGACCACUUCCAAGAUCUAUUCUAUAGACAUCAUUGAUCUCAACCACAUCGAUCCAACGAUAGAGGUGCGUGAGUUACCCUCCUUUUCUAAUAUUCCAAACCGAGAAACAAAUUAUAAUCGCAACACCAUCGUCACUACUUGCGAUGAGCUCUUGUUUUGUAACUAUCGGUUUGUGGAGAGCAAGACAGCUCUGUGGAAUCCAUGGUUAAGACAGGUUAAAUGGAUCGAGUAUGGGGACAGAGAGUUCUGUGUUUUCGGGCUGGGAUACGAUAAUACUAGACCGGAUAAAGUAUACAAGAUACUAGGCUAUUUGUUUUGUCACGGUAAACUCUUGAGGAAUCAGACAGUUGGAAUCUACGAGUGUGCUUCUAACUUGUUGAGGUUUAUUGAUAGACCUAAGGAUGACGACUACCCCUUAUCUGAAAUUGCUAAACUAUCAAAUGUUUCCCUGAAUGGAAAUAUCUACUGGCUUGCUUCGAGUAAUUCUCAUACUAAUGAGUACUACAUCCGAAUGUUUGAUUUCUCAACCGAGAAAUUCAAACCAUUCUGUCGUCUCUUUCCGGGUCAAAAGAACCAUCAUAUUAAUGAAGUUAUCCUCGCGGUGUAUAAGGGAGAUCGGUUCUCGUUGUUAGAACAAUACCGUGUAACAAGAGAGAUUGGGAUAUGGGUAACUAAAGAGAGGAUUGGGGUAGGUGGAGAGGGUGUGGUGUGGAUAAAGUUGAUGACCUUGUCAACAACUAACUUGCCAAGGCUAGUUGCUGAGCAAGUUUAUCGCGCUAGUUACUUCAUCUAUGAGAAGACCUUAGUCAUGUGUCGUGGCGAUGAUGAAACUGGAGAGGCUUGCAUCUAUAUUCUGAGGGAAGAUCUGUGCAAGAAGAUUCAAAUAGGUGCUCGGAUUGUUAGGUGUUGUCACUGUGUUUAUACACCCAAUUUGAUCUCGCUUCCUUUAUUUGGAGGUUAAAUUGUUGUGUGUAUAUAUAUUGCAAGUAUCUUAAUAAAUAAAAUUUGGUGUAUUGCAACUAUCUUAUUGUAUAAAAUUUGGUAAUUUAUUAUUAUAAUCUAGUAAUUUAUAAUUAUAAGUCUUCUUUUC